CAUGUUAACAGAACCUGGUGAUGAGUUGUCUGUCAUUUUCUGUCUGGUUUUUGUCGUUUCCAUCCUCCAUCAGUGUUCCUACAGAAUGAGUAGAUCAAAGCUAUGUCCUCUCUUCUAUUUUCCAUCUUUUCAUCCAUUGUCAGCCUUGAUUGAAUGUCUCUCUCUACCUCAUAUUAUCAGGAUCAGACUCAUUCUUUGGACUGUUUUCCAUCAGUGGUCAGCAGUAACAGCUAGCUAAAUAUCUAGCUUCUACUAGGACGACUUUAACUCCCCUGCUCUCACAGAAUAAUUAUUAGACAUUCUCCCAACAUCUUCUCAUGUCUAGUUUGUCUGAGCAAAGAUGUUUAGUCUGCAGUGGAAUAAACCAGAAAUCUAUAAUUUUACCUUUGGAAGACUGUACCAGAGCAGUGGGUUUUAAUAUAACACAGAAAUAUUCCGUCCUGCGUGGUGAUGCGUCUGAUCUGGGUUGUAUAAUCUGCUGGGUCACUCUGGACCUCGUGAACCCUGAUUUUUGGUGUCUGUUGACGAAGCUUUUCCAUUUUAGUAACUUAUUGGCCGAAGCACCCCUGACUAUUUAGAUAAGGAGUGGAGGAGAAAGGACGAGGAGGUCGGGGAGUAAAAACUAACCAGAGUCUCAACCAGAGACGAGUGCGGAACGGUAGAGCUGGAGAAGAGCGAGGAGAACAUCUGGAAAUUUCAGAACAAAGCCAAGAAAUAAGACCAAGAGGAGCAGCAGGAAGAGGUUCAGGGAAAUCAGAAUGGCUCUGAUCCGGAGAUACUCGGAGGCCAUGGCGCUGCCCGACUCCUUCAUCCAGCGGCAGCAGCUGGACGCCAGCAUGGCCGACACCUUCCUGGAACACCUGUGUCUGCUGGACAUCGACCAGGAGCCAAUCACAGCGAGGAACACCAACAUCAUCUGCACCAUCGGUCCGGCCUCUCGAUCGAUCUCCAAGCUCCAGGAGAUGGUGAAAGCUGGGAUGAACAUCGCUCGUCUGAAUUUCUCUCACGGCUCUCAUGAAUAUCACGGAGAAACCAUCAAGAACAUCCGGGAGGCGGUGGAGACGGUGACCUCCGACCCGCUGUACUACCGGUCGGUCGCCAUCGCUCUGGACACCAAGGGGCCGGAGAUCAGAACCGGAUUAGUGAAAGGGAAGGUGGAGGAGGAGGUGGAGCUGCAGAAAGGCAGCAGCGUUCGAGUCCUGACGGCAGCAGACGAUAAAGACAAGACAGACGGGUCGCUGAUCUGGGUCGACUAUCCCAGCCUGCCCAAAGUCCUCAGCAAAGGGAGACGGAUCUACAUCGACGACGGACUCAUCGCCCUCAAAGUCAAAGAAAUGGGUCCAGACUGGGUGGACACCGUGGUGGAGGCCGGCGGCGUCCUCUGCAGCCGUAAAGGCGUCAACCUGCCAGGCUGCGACCUGAUUGGGAUGCAGGCGGUCAGCGAGCGCGACGAGGCCGACCUUCGCUUCGGCGUGGCUCAGGGCGUCGACAUGGUGUUCGCCAGCUUCAUCCGCUCAGCGCAGGACGUGAAGGACGUCCGGAGGGCCCUGGGAGCCCACGGACGAGGAAUCAAGGUCAUCAGCAAGGUGGAGAGUCGGCAGGGAGUCGUGAACUUCGAGGAGAUCCUGGCCGAGAGUGACGGCGUGAUGGUUGCCAGGGGCGACCUGGGCAUCGAGAUCCCGGCGGAGAAGGUCUUCAUCGCCCAGAAGAUGAUGAUCGGACGCUGCAACUCCGCCGGCAAACCGGUCAUCUGUGCGACGCAGAUGCUGGAGAGCAUGGUGUCUCACCCUCGACCCACCAGAGCGGAGAGCAGUGACGUGGCCAACGCCGUGCUGGACGGCGCCGACUGCGUGAUGCUAUCUGGAGAAACCGCCAAAGGCCUGUUUCCUGUGGAGGCAGUGGCCAUGAUGCACUCGAUCUGCAGGGAGGCCGAAGCCGCCAUCUUCCACCAGCAGCUGUUCGAGGAGCUCCGCCGCCUGACGCCGCUGUCCUCUGACCCCACCGAGGUCACGGCCAUCGGCGCCGUCGAGUCAUCCUUCAAAUGCUGCGCUGGAGCCAUCAUCGUCCUCACCAGCAGCGGCAGGUCGGCUCACCUGCUGUCCAGGUAUCGUCCUCGGUGUCCGAUCAUCGCCGUCACCAGGAGUCCGCAGGUGGCCCGUCAGUCCCAGCUGCUCAGAGGAGUGUUUCCUGUCCUCUACCAUCCACUUCCUGCUCCGGUUUGGGCCGACGACGUGGACGGCAGAGUCAACUUUGGGAUGGACAUCGGAAAGGCCCGAGGCUUCUUUAAAUCCGGUGACAUGGUGAUCGUGGUGACAGGAUGGAUUCCAAGCUCCGGUCACACCAACAUCAUGAGGGCGGUGAACGUCCCAUAACAGCAGAACCUCAGGGGAACCUUAGUGGAACCUUUACAGAACCUUUACAGAACCUCCUGGAUGACGUCCAGACCUUAGCUCUUAUCGUGGAGACGUGAUGGAAACCUGAGAGCAGCGUCUUCCAUUAAAUCAGAAGCUUUUAGAUGUAAUCAGGAAGUAGAGGACUCUUGAAUGUCGAUGACUCCCCUUUCAAAAUAAAGCUUGAACCUUGAAUGUCAGUUCUGUUCUGUAGCUGCAAGUUUUAAAUAAAAAACAUCUAAACUCUG